AUGAAUGUAUUGGCUCAAAUUGUUGCAACAGUAGUGGUAACGAUGAUGAUGGUUGUUUGUAGUAGUAGCGGUGGUACGCGUGCUAGUAGUUAUACGGAUUCAUCUAACAAUUUACUGCUAGAUGAACUAACAAAAUCAUGUCCCAGUGAUGGUAUUCCGGUUUGUGGUAUUCGACAGAAACAAUUAUUUUUAUUUCCCAACGGUUGUUUGUUGCAAGAAGUGAAUAAGGAUAUGCAGCUGCACGAAACAAGUUUUAAAAAGAUUCCAUUAAAGUAUUGCAUGUAUGGAUGUCAAUUUUCCUGUGCCAAAAUAUACAAACCAAUAUGUGUUCGGAAUAUGAGAACAUAUGCAAAACAAAUGUUUGUCAAUCAGUGUGAAUUGACAAAAUAUGUUUGCCAAACGAAUGUCGAAUACCUCAAGAUCAGCCUAACCGAAUGCCAACCUCCAAGAUACAUUCGGAACUCAAAUAAAUCGUUAGAAAAACGUUCUCAAGCUCCCAAAAGAAAGAGAAAACCCAUACCUUGUACAAAUGUGUUCAAAUCCGUAUGUGGAUCGUAUAUGGGUGUCAAAUCAUCUUUUCGAAAUGAAUGUCUUUUGAAUGCUGAAAAUGUUAAAUUCAAUAGAGAUUGGCGCAUUAUUAGAAAUGGCAUGUGUGCUGAAGACUAUUCAAAUGCUCGGGAACGUAAAGAGAAACCCACCAAGCCGCAUUCGAUUAAAAAACGUAGCUAUCAAAAUAGUUUGUACAAUCAAUACCCAGAUGAACAUGAAUUUAAUACAAAUAAUUUUGUGGAUUAUAAAAAUCAACCAAAUUUAUCACCAAAUGGUUUAUAUGUCUAUAUGCCACCAGCAUUUCAGGCACAAUUUCUAAAUCAUGAUUCGCCCGGCUAUCAGCAUCCAAUACCAGUGCAUAAAGCUUACGAUGAAAUAUUAAAUAAAAUUAUAUCUUUACCACCAUCAACUGAUAUUCCUGUGAGAGAAGUAGAAACUGAUGAAGAAACUCAUAAACUUGAAGAUCCUAUAUUCGAGGAAUCUGUUAUUAAACCCUUAGCAUUCGCUACAGAUAGAGUGAAUUUUAAUUAUAUGACAGAUCGAAAUUUUGCACACGAUAUAAAUAGACAAUCUGUACCUUUAGCUAUAAACACAUUUACGGAUGAGGACAAUAAAGAAUAUUAUUACGACUUUGAAAGGGUCAACCCAGAUUUCGACAAUGAAGAAAUAGCAACGACUAUUUCAACUACAAUUACCACAUCUACGGAAACAACUCAAAUGCCUAAUAGAUUAUCUACUACCACAAGUAGACCAAAAGUGCUUAGAAAACCAAAACAACAAAAAAAUGAAAUGACUCCAGUAAAUAUUGUGGAUUGCAAAUUUGGUUCCACUUCAAUAUGUGGUAUGCUAGCAGAUGGUACUGUUCGAACAUUCGACACAAUUUGUGAAAUGAUGGCGGCAAAUGUUUAUUUAAAGAAUACAUGGACCAAAUUACAUGAAGGAGUCUGUGAAGACUGUAAAUACAAUUGCUCUCGAGACUAUCAACCAGUAUGUGUAACAAGGAAUGGAGUUAAUUACACCAUGGUAAACGAUUGCUACUACAAUAUGGGUAUCUGUAUGGAUAAAAAGAGCAAAUGGGAUAAAUUAAGUGACGGUGAAUGUGAACGUUAUACCCGUAUUCCCGAUAAAUAUGCCAAUUCUAAACCAGGAUUUCCUUACACCAGUAGUUAUUUUGUUUCCGAAACAACACCAAUGCCCAGUACUGAUACGAUGCCACUAGUUAUUACAAGUAAACCCUUACGAUUGAAGUACCGUAAAAGCAAUAAACGUAAGUUUAAUCCUAAAAGAGCAGUUAGUAGACGUUCGAGUUCCAAUAGAUGUUGUUCACGAUCGCAUUUUUCGAAUGAAUUUGCUCACGAUAAUAUUAAAUGUAAAUGUUGGAGUGAUGCUUCUACACAAAUACCCUCUACAAGAUUGUCAUUGUAUGGACCUCAAACUGAAUCGUAUAUAAUGCGCUUAGUUAAAGAUAAUGAUGAAAGAGCAAUGGUCUACUGA